AUGAGCUGAAUUUCACUAAGACUUCAUGUACAAUGGAUCAGAUGUAAAUUCAGCGAAAUGUCACGCCAGGUCAUGUGAUGUGCCAGUGUAUGAAUGCGGCCUGUCUUAGGUUCCUAGAAUUGCGUCGUUGACUCCCCUCUUCAUUCUACGAUACCGGCAGAAUUCUCUCGGACAAUGUUAUGUAUUGGAAGGACGAGCACUGUUUUACCCUCUGUCAGGCGAAUGGCCACGUUGCACAAGCCUUCAUUAGCAGGGAAAAGGUGUGCUAGUCACAUCUACCAUGAUUCGAUUAGUUAACGCCAUAUUCCAGUCCUACAGCCAUUGUUAUGUUAAACAUGGGAGGACCUUCGACGGUUCCCGAGACCUAUGACUUCCUCAAAAACCUGUUUAUGGAUGGCGACUUGAUUCCGUUGCCUUUUCAGCGCGUUCUAGCUCCUCUCAUUGCGAAACGGCGGACACCUCAGAUAGAGAAGCAGUAUGCUGACAUUGGUGGUGGUUCUCCCAUUCUCAAAUAUACUGAGAUGCAGGGCGCUGGCAUGUGCGAACUCCUGGACGAGAUGCACCCAGAGACUGCUCCACACAAAAGUUAUGUCGCGUUUCGCUAUGCGAACCCGCUGACACAGGAGACCGCGCAGAGGAUGAAGGCAGAUGGUGUGAAGAGGGCAGUGGCAUUCACGCAGUAUCCACAGUACAGCUGUAGUACGACUGGAAGCAGUUUGAAUGAACUUUUCAGGCGAGGGAGGGCAGGUGAGAUGGGGGACAUCGAAUGGAGCGUGAUAGACCGCUGGGGUACUCAUCCUGGAUUCAUCGAGGCUGUUGCACGAAACGUCGAGGCCGCCUUGGCCAAAUUUCACCCGUCAGCACGCUCAGACGUGGUUAUUCUGUUUUCGGCUCACUCGUUACCUAUGUCGGUAGUGAACCGAGGCGACCCAUAUGUCCUUGAGGUCUCCGCAUCAGUAAACGCCGUCAUGAACAGACUCGGCCACUCAAAUCCAUACCGUCUGGUUUGGCAGUCGCAAGUUGGGCCUUCUGCGUGGAUGGGGAUGCAGACCGGGGAGGCUAUCAAGGGUCUCGCUCGUCUCGGAAAGAAGGAAGUAAUUCUAGUCCCCAUUGCCUUCACGAGCGAUCAUAUUGAGACACUCUAUGAGCUGGAUCUCGAGUAUAUGAAAGAGGGAAGGGAGCUGGGGAUGGAGAUGCAGCGCGCGGAGUCACUGAAUGAAUCUCCUGUCUUUAUUCGUGCGUUGGCAGAUAUUACGGCGCAGCAUCUGCGUGACUACUCGACGAGGACUAUUGGACCCACGAGUGUGCAGAUGGGUCUUCGGUGUCCGGGUUGUAAAAAUAUGACUUGUGACCAGCAGAAACAUUGGUUCGCCCGUGCCGGACGUUCCUAGCAGCUCAUUCUCGGCUUACUAUGUAGAGCGAAUGAACGCACUAUCUGCCAAACGACUUUUACAGCGGAAUCGACUGAUUUUGGAGAGCCAAUUAACGCGUUUCCCGAACAAACAUCAGACCCGAGUAUAGUUGCUGACUCAGCAAUAAGCACUUGUACUUAAACGUAUGAUGUCUCUGAAUGCACG